AUGCCGGCGCAGGUCAUUGAAGAGGGCGCCAUACCCGGUCGGGAAUGUCACCAAACCCCGGGGUUUGGCACGGCAUCCGCUGGUUGGCUUUGCCGGCAUCUCCAACAACGUCGUCUUCUGACCCUCAAGGUCUGCACGGCGCAAGACGCCACCGAGGUGGACAACGAACGGGCAGUUUCACAGCAUCUCAGAUCCAUCGAUGCUGAGCACCCCGGCCUGGAGAUGCUACGGCUUGUUGAAGAUGAUUUUCAGCUAUCCGGGCCCCAUGGGAUGCAUCGGUGUUUGCUCCUGCGGCCAUUGGGCCUGACAUACACCAAGUUUCGCAACAUGUUUCCAGACAAAGCACUGAGCAAAGAGAUAUUACAGCAGACUUUGCAGUUGGUCCUCUUGGGGCUGGAUUUCCUGCACCAGGCGAGGGUGGUGCAUACAGACAUAUCGCCCAACAACAUCCUCUUAGGUGCCACGGAUCCCGCAGUUUUCUCGAGCAUUGAGCAAGCCGAGUUUGAACGCCCAUCUCCUCGAAAGAUACUACCGGAUCGCGUUAUCCACACUUCGCGAGCGAUGCCAAUCACCUUCGGCUCGCCCGUCAUCUGUGAUUUCGGCGCCGCCCGCAUAGGAGAGAAUCACCGCGGGGAUGUCAUGCCCGGCGUUUACAGAGCGCCCGAGGUAAUUAUGGACAUGGAAUGGAACUCGAAAAUCGACAUUUGGUCCGUUGGAGUCAUGAUUUGGGAUCUGUUCGAAGGGGGCCGUCUUUUUCGUGCUGAAAAAAAGGGCCUUCUCAAUGACGGGCAGCAUCUGGCCGAGAUGGUUUCUCUUAUGGGACCACCGCCGAGAAGUUUCUUGGAACAGAGCCCGAGGUGCAGGCAAUGCUGGGAUGGUGAAGGUGAUUGGGUCGCUUCAACUCCGAUCCCCAACCAGUCACUUGAGACUCGCGAGAGGCGUCUCAAGGGUAAGGACCAAGAGUUGCUUCUCUGCCUCGUUCGAAGGAUUCUGCGAUGGCUCCCAGAAGAUAGGCCCUGCGCAGAGGACCUGUUCGAGGAUGACUUUCUAGUGCAGCAUCGACUCGAAGACGCGCUGCCGUGA